AUGGCUUCUAAGGCCCCAUCCGGCCGUCACGGACCUCGAUCCAAGCUUGGUUGUUCGACUUGUAGGGUCCGAAAACUGAAAUGUGACGAGCAACGACCAACUUGUUCCCGAUGUGCGGAGGCCAGAUUCCCUUGUGAAUGGGAUAAGCCUGUGCCCCGUCGGAAGCCACCUACCAACCAGAAGAGCAAUCUUGUUGGUUCGUCGAAGCCAUUCAAGCUUGCUCCUUUGUCUUCUCUCGCGCGAGGGGAGUCUGACCCAGCACGACCCGUGAACUAUUUGGAUCCUUUGCCUGACCAGGGAUCCGAGAAUGACGAAUACAUCUCCGUAGCCGGUCAAACUCCAUAUCGGGCGAUUGACCAUGAUCUCCUUCAAAGUGCCCUGUCUCCGAGCCACGUGGUGCUUCCCAACUCGUUGGAGCUUUCAGCCGAGGAUAUUGAGUCCUUUCAGUACGUUCCCAAUUCUCUGAUGGUGCUUCGAUUCGGCAAACCCUGGCGGUGGAGCAUGCUUUCGUAUGUCCACUCCAACAUUGCUUGUUACGAAGCCGGCGUGAUGAGGGCUUUCAUUGCAGUCGCUUCAAUGGAAAUGAGAUUUCUUGAGCUUCUCAAGUUUCAAGACUCAGUCCCAACCCUGGAAAGCCUGUCCAAGACCCGUCGUCUAAGAGAAUCGGCAGCAAAGUACCUUACUUUAGCCCUCAAAGACCUGUCUUCCGUUUUAGAUCGCUUGUCUGGCCCGGAGCGGAGCUCACAGGAUAUCGACGCUCUCUUCUCGAUAUGGUUUCUCGUCAUUCAUAUCGGGCUGUACGACGCAGAUCUCGUCGUGGCAUCGCAUGUUCAUCUGAAUGGAAUCCGCUCUUUCAUCAGCGGCUACAUCAAUGGCAAUGUUGCCAAUGAAGAGGAUAAGCUGCCCCCAACCUCGCAACAGUUACUGUUGUUCAUCGCAUACCACGACAUUACCCUCGCUCUGGGGAACAUGAAUGGUGGCGAGCUCUCCCUAGAUCUCCUCAAUGCCCCUCCAAUGUCGCCGGUAGCAUACGAUCAGGUAUUUGAGCAAGCUCGGCGGUGCCUUCCUAAGAUAUGGGGCCCGGAUUAUCCCAUUGAAGAAUUGAUGGACGAUGUCGAGAACUAUCGAGGUCUGUCCUUCCUGACUGUGUGUCAAAAACUCAAGUUGAGCGUGUGGAAACUCGGCAUCGCCGCUGCUCGAGGUAAUGCAGUCGAGGAGAGCAAAAUGAGAUUAUGGAGUAGGAUUGAGGAGACUGGCGAGCAAUACAGCGACCUUUUGAUCCUCGGCAAAAUGAUCCAAGCAUCUGGCGGCCGACGAGUCAUAUGGACAGUCUAUCACGCGUGUUUGGAUUACUACGCCCUCAGAGUCUUCUUCACUUGCAUUGGCAGCCAGGAUUCUCAGACGCUGUGGCUCGAUGAAACGUUGACCGAACUACUCAACAUUGCAUACAAAGCAAUGAAUGAGAAUGCUCAGCAGAUUUAUCGCUAUGCGUGGCCGCUGAUUGUGGCGUUGCUCAAGGUUCGCGAUCCAAUCCAUCGCGACUGGAUCCGACGUCAAGUCAACAAAGCCGGAGUCCUAUUCUCAAACCUGGGCCUACCACCUAAUCUGGUGCAGGGCAGAUGUUCACCCGAAACACUUUUCCUUGAAUAUGAUCAGGCUCGCGUGGGGGAUAGUAGUUGA